AUGUCUCAACGAAUCGCCAUCCUCUCUGUCUACGACAAGACGGGCCUUCUGGACCUGGCCAAGGGCCUCGUACAGCAGAAUGUACGGAUUCUGGCCUCAGGAGGCACGGCUAAGAUGAUUCGCGAGUCUGGAUUCCCCGUCGAGGACAUCUCUGCCAUCACCAAAGCCCCUGAGAUGCUUUCAGGAAGAGUCAAGACCUUACAUCCAGCGGUCCAUGCUGGGAUACUCGCACGCAACCUCGAGGCCGAUGAGAAGGACCUAGCCGAGCAGAACAUCAGCAAAGUCGACUAUGUCAUCUGCAACCUUUACCCCUUCAAGGACACCAUUGCUAAGCCCAAUGUCACUAUCCCCGAAGCGGUAGAAGAGAUUGAUAUCGGAGGCGUGACCUUGAUCCGAGCCGCGGCCAAGAAUCACUCGCGCGUGACGAUCCUUAGCGACCCCAACGACUAUCCCGAAUUCCUGAAAGAGCUCGAGGAGGGAGAGAUCAAGGAGUCUAGCCGUCACAGAUACUGCGUCAAGGCUUUCGAGCAUACAGCAGACUACGAUGCCCACAUCUCUGGGUUCUUCCGAGCGCGUUACGCCGAGGGUCAACAGCACAUGCCUCUCCGAUAUGGAGCUAACCCUCACCAGAAGCCAGCUUGCGCAUACGCUCCUUCCGCAAACCUCCCUUUCAAGGUACUGGGCGGUUCUCCUGGAUACAUCAACCUUCUGGAUGCCCUGAACAGCUGGGCACUCGUGAAGGAGCUGAAGGCGGCCCUUGGCAAGCCAGCUGCUGCUAGCUUCAAGCAUGUAUCACCUGCUGGUGCCGCCAUUGGCGUACCCCUGAGCGCUGAAGAGCGAAAGGUCUACUUCGUCGACGACAUCCAGGGCAUUGAGACCUCAGGGCUUGCUCAAGCCUAUGCCCGUGCUCGUGGAGCCGACCGCAUGAGCAGCUUUGGGGACAUGAUUGCUCUGAGUGACAUUGUCGAUGUGCCCACUGCUAGCAUCAUCUCCAAGGAAGUUUCUGACGGCGUCAUUGCACCCGGAUACGAGGAUGCGGCUCUGGAGAUCCUGAAAAAGAAGAAGGGCGGCAAGUAUCUCGUACUCCAGAUGGACCCCGACUACCAGCCCGAUCCUACCGAAACCAGGACCGUAUACGGUGUGACCCUGAGCCAACACCGCAACGAUAUCGUGCUCUCUCCGGACUCGUUCAGCCGCACCGUUACGCCGAAAGACUUCAACCUCCCAGAGUCCGCAGCGAGAGAUCUGACGGUUGCGACCAUCGCGCUGAAGUACACCCAGAGCAAUUCAGUCUGCUAUGCCAAGAAUGGACAGGUUGUAGGACUCGGUGCUGGCCAACAGUCACGAAUCCACUGCACGCGUCUUGCCGGCGACAAGGCCGACAUCUUGUGGAUGCGCUUCCAUCCCCGGGUGCUCGGCCUCAAGUGGAAGAAGGGAACCAAGCGCCCCGAAAAGAGCAAUGCCAUCGAUUUGCUGGUGAGCGGCGAGCUCCAACCGUCCGGACCUGAGCGUGACGCAUUCGAAGCCGUCUUCGAGGAAGUACCUGCCGCAUUCUCCCAAGAAGAACGCAAGGAAUGGCUAAACAAGCAAGGCGAUGUCGCUGUCUCUAGUGAUGCUUUUUUCCCGUUCGUCGACAACAUCUACCGUGCAGGUCGAUCCGGUGCUAAAUACAUCGCAGCUCCAGGUGGAAGUCAGAACGACUCUGCUGUCUAUGAAACGGCUGAGAAACUCGGAAUCGUGUUUGUGGAGCAGAACAUUCGUCUCUUCCAUCAUUAA